UCCGCACAGCGGAUGUGUGUCGCCGCUCAAGUGACGCUAGGAAGCGCUUGCAGCCUUCGCCGGUGCCUUCUGGUUGGAGCACUAUGGAGGGAGAGAGGAAGAGCAACAACAAACGGUGGUAUUUCACUCGAGAACAGCUGGAAAAUAGCCCAUCCCGUCGUUUUGGUCUGGACCCAGAUAAAGAACUUUCUUAUCGUCAGCAGGCGGCCAAUCUGCUACAGGACAUGGGGCAACGUCUUAACGUCUCACAGUUGACUAUCAACACUGCUAUAGUAUACAUGCAUCGAUUCUACAUGAUUCAGUCCUUUACACAGUUCCAUCGAAAUUCUGUGGCUCCAGCGGCCUUAUUUCUAGCAGCUAAAGUAGAGGAGCAGCCCAAAAAAUUGGAACACGUCAUCAAGGUAGCACAUGCUUGUCUCCAUCCGCAGGAAUCACUUCCCGAUACUAGGAGUGAGGCUUACCUGCAACAAGUUCAAGAUCUGGUGAUAUUAGAAAGCAUAAUUCUGCAGACUUUAGGCUUUGAACUAACAAUUGAUCACCCACAUACACAUGUGGUAAAGUGCACCCAACUUGUUCGAGCAAGCAAGGACUUGGCACAGACUUCUUACUUCAUGGCAACCAACAGCCUGCAUUUGACCACAUUUAGCCUGCAGUACACACCUCCUGUGGUGGCCUGUGUCUGCAUUCAUCUGGCUUGCAAGUGGUCCAACUGGGAGAUCCCAGUCUCAACUGAUGGGAAGCACUGGUGGGAGUAUGUUGACGCCACUGUGACCUUGGAACUUUUAGAUGAACUGACACAUGAAUUUCUGCAGAUUCUGGAGAAAACGCCCAACAGGCUCAAACGAAUUCGGAAUUGGAGGGCGUGCGAAGCUGCCAAGAAAACAAAAGCAGAUGACCGAGGAGCAGAUGCAAACACAUCGGAGCAGACAAUCCUCAAUAUGAUUUCCCAAAGCUCUUCAGACAAAACUAUUGCAGGUUUAAUGAGCAUGUCAACAACUUCUACCACAAGUGCAGUGCCUUCCGUUCCAGCCACUGAAGAGUCAUCCAGCAACAUAAGCAGUGCGGAGAUGUUGCAGGGCAAGCGUUGGCUGUCCUCCCAACCUCCUUUUAAACUAGAGUCUGCCCAGGGUCAUCGGACUAGUGAGAAUGUAGCACUUAUAGGAGUUGAUCAUUCCUUGCAACAGGAUAGUUCGAAUGCAUUUAUUUCCCAGAAGCAGAAUAGUAAGAGUACGCCGUCAGCUAAAGUAUCACUGAAAGAAUACCGUGCAAAGCAUGCAGAAGAGUUGGCUGCCCAGAAGAGGCAACUGGAGAACAUGGAGGCCAAUGUGAAGUCACAGUAUGCAUAUGCUGCCCAGAAUCUCCUGUCUCAACAUGAUAGCCAUUCUUCAGUCAUUUUGAAAAUGCCCAUAGAGGGCUCAGAAAAUUCUGAGCGGCCUUUUCUGGAAAAGUCUGAGAAAACAGCCCUCAAAAUGAGAAUUCCAGUGGCAAGUGGGGAUAAAGCUGCCUCUUCAAAACCAGAGGAGAUAAAAAUGCGCAUUAAAGUCCAUGCUGCAACUGACAAGCACAAUUCUGUGGAUGACAGUAUCACAAAGAGCCGAGAGCACAAAGAAAAGCACAAGACUCACCCAUCUAAUCAUCAUCAUCAUCAUAAUCACCACUCACACAAGCACUCUCACUCACAGCUUCCAGCUGGUACUGGGAACAAACGGCCAGGUGAUCCAAAACAUAGUAGCCAGACAAGCUCCUUAGCACACAAAACCUAUAGCUUGUCUAGUUCUUUCUCCUCUUCCAGUUCUGCUCGUAAAAGGGGUCCCCCUGAAGAAACUGGAGGGGCCGUGUUUGAUCAUCCAGCCAAGAUUGCCAAAAGUACUAAAUCCUCUUCCAUAAAUUUCUCCUACCCUCCUCUUCCUACAAUGGCCCAGUUGCCAGGGCAUAGCUCAGACACAAGUGGCCUUCAUUAUUCACAGCCUAGCUGUAAAACUCGAGUUCCUCAUAUGAAACUGGAUAAAGGCCCCACUGGGGCUAAUGGUCACAACACAACCCAGACAAUAGACCAUCAAGAUACUGUGAAUAUGCUUCACUCCCUCCUCAUUGCCCAGGGUGUUCAGCCCACUCCACCCCCUCCAUUUGAAUUUGUUCAUUCUUAUGGUGAAUACCUGAAUCCACGGGCUAGUGGAGGAAUGUCCUCCAGAUCUGGCAAUACAGACAAACCCCGACCACCACCUCUACCUUCAGAACCUCCUCCACCACUUCCACCCCUUCCUAAGUAAUAAAGAAAAAGAAGAGGAGAAAAGAAACUUCUUUAAAAACAUACUUUUGUUUUUUUAACUACUGAUUCUGGACUAAGAAAAUUACUUCCCUAAUGAAACAUGUCUCCCUUCUUGGACUAGGGAAUAAAUUAAUAUUGAGACAUAGGUGGGAGGAUGGUAGAGGGCCUCGGUUAUUGUACCUGCUGCCUCUGAAAUUUAACUAUUUUAUGGUAUUAGAAAGCUGAGAAUGUGUUGAAGCUGUGAAAGAUUAAGAAUACUUUCUCUAUUCUUGGCCUCUCCACCUCCAACUUAGGUUGUUUAGAGUUGAUAUUCUCCCUCUUCUUGCCAGGACUAAAACAUGGAGGGUUUGUUAUGUCAAACAGUUGUGGAUCCUUUUGGUGUUCAGUGUGUCAGAAGAGAGGAAGUAUUUAAACAUCAACAUCUUUUAAGAGACUUUAAAAAAUAAUUUAAAGAAAGUAAGUUAUCUGUUUAGUUUUUUAUAUAAUUGGGGAAGGGAUAGGGAUUUUGUUGUGUGUAUGGGAUACACAGCAAUGAGUCCUAGGGGUGGGAUUGGAGGGCAGAGGGUGUGUAGGAGGGAUGGGAGGGUAGGCUUUUGGCCAUGAGUUCUGAGAUAGUCCCUGGCCACUUGAAGUGUUGAGACCUUUAAGUGUAUGUAAGUAUGGGUAUGUGUGGUUUUGAGUGUGUGUGUUUAAAUAUCAUGUUUUUUCUUUCCCUCCCUGUCCCUCAUCAUUUCUACUUCCCCAACAGUCUACUAGUGAGAAUACAGUGUGGCCUUUAGAACAUGAAGGAAGAAGCAUGUAUUCUUCUUGAUAUUUUCCCCUUUCUUUAUGUUGCAAUUGAGUGGUAGCCUUCUAAAUUCUAGUUUGGGCAAGUGUAGCCAAUGGCCUGAUUUUGGACUCCACUAGAAAACUUCCUUUUUAUCCUCUGUUUCUUUUGAUUCAGAAUAGAGGUGUGAUUGAGGAAGGUUUGUAGAGCAAGGCUAGUUUCUGCCGUACAGAAUUGGAUGUGUCUUUUUUCAAGUUGGGCCUUGGGGAAGUGUUCAAGUGAGAGCAGUCUCAGGGUCUCUGAUGGGAAGAGGUAUGUGCUAUACAUCAUAAUUGUGAAAGCCCAGACCAUGUGUGGGAAUAGUUCUGGGAGAAGCCAUGGAGCUAGAGGAUCCUGAAAACAAUGAAAUUGUGACUUGGAAUUUUGGGGACAAUGUAUUUUAUAUUAUAAAUGUGAGACUUGUUUUUUUUAUCUGUAUAGCUGAAGAGAAACAGCUGCACCCUCAGUUUUUGCAGCCUACAUAUCUUCAGAGAUUAGAGCUUGUGAAUUUGAUAGUACUGGUGCCAUGAGCCAUGAGAGUGAGCAGUCCUAGCCCACAUAUACUAUUAUGUCGGAUUGUCCAUUUUGGGUGGCUUUAGCUGAUAGGCAGAGGUUCUUCAAAUUUCUAAGAAUCCUUUUAAAAAAUGGAUCAGGUGUCUUUUCUUAUGGGUGCUUGAUUAUCCCAGAUUUUAGGAGUGAAUAUUUUUGUUGAGAACAGAAAUUUUUUAAGGGGCUAGAAGAAUUCUUACAAACCAAUUUACCUAACUGAGAACGCCACCUAGCCACAGAUCAUUUGAUAUGAUAUUCUUUGGUCUUCAUGGCAAUUUUUGCUGUGGAAGUAUGAUGCAGUUCGAAUGUAUCUUUUUAAUGCUGUUCACUUCACACCAAAUAUUCUUUCUGGACAAAUUGAAAUUUUUAUUGGAAGUCAUAGGGAAAUGGGAGUUGUACGUGUGCUGCUGCUUGUCAGGAACAGUUUGGGGAGAACACUGAAGCAAUUGGAAUUAAUGAUGCACUGGCCUCACACGGGAAGGAAUUAGUGUAGUAAACCUAAUCAGAGGUGAAUUAGUGUCCAUCAUCUUUGCAUAUUUGAACUGUCUUGAGUGCCUGCCAUUGCUGUAUAAAAUGAGCUCUCUGCCAACCUGUAAACUAGUAUAAUUUUUACUUGGAAUGUCACUUUCACUUUUAUAGAUGACAUUUUCUUCUUUCUCCCUGAUAGUUUGUCUUGUGCUAAUCAGUAGAUGUGUGAUAUUUUACUAAAUAUAGGCUUCCUAUUUCUUUAGAUUUUGUUUAGUGGAGUCUGCCUUCCUUCCUGACCUUCCCAGAAGGUUAUUUAGUUUGCAUCUGUAUUUUUGUAGAAUUGAUCACUGAUUUGAUUAUGAAAAUGUCUUUUCAGCUUUUGAUUUUUCUCAUCAAGUGUCGCGUAUUUUCUAGUUACACGCACUCCCUCACCACAGAGACAUACGCAUCUGCUUGGCUUCUUUAGCGGUGCUCUAUGGCAGUGUAGUUAGUUCCUUAGAACUUUGUCAGGAGUGGACUAGAAAAAUGUGCUUACUGGAGCCUAGAGCCUAAGAGCUGCUUUAUGUUGUGUAGUCUGGCCUAUGCACACUAGAUCACAGCUGGUAUAGAUCAGUUAAGAGACUUUUCUAUAUUAAUGCCUCCUGAUACUGUCUUAAGAUACCUACCAUGUCUGCUUUUAGAUCUGUGUAUAGGUUCUGAACUACCUUAUGGGCUCUGCAUGAAGCUGUUGCAUUGUCACUGGGGAGCAGUUGUGCCUGUCAGCUAGCAUGUAUAUUGUCCAAAUUCGCACAAACUUAGUUGAAGGGGUGUGCAGUUUCUAAACUGUGUCUUCUCUAUCCUCAUACCUUCAAAGGGUGAGAAAUGGGGUUUAUGAAUCCAAAGUUAGCCUAGUAAACUUGGUGUUUUCCCCUCCUCUUUUUAACCUGAACUAUUGAGGAUAAGUAGUGAUAAGUGGGCCUGAAGCCUCAAGUUCUGGAAAUCUGAUUGUAAACUGUGUUUGAAUCUCAUGUUGGCAGAAACAUACCUGUGGACUGUCCUUAGGGCUUUUAAUCAAUACCUGUGUUGCUCUUAGCUGAACUCUAAUGAAGCAUUAAUCUAAAGCUGAAUUGGUCUUCUGAAGUAUCAGUUUUGCUUUUUGGGUUUAGAAAAUACAUAGGAAUUAGUUUAGUCUUUCCACUUAUGAAUCAUUGUGUUUCCAUAUCUGAGGCCCUCAGCUUCUUUUUUUUUCUUUUUAAUGAUUUUAGUGUUUUUGAUUUAAUAUAUUCUUUUCUUAGUUCUGUAGUAUUGGCUUCACCUGUGCUGAUAGAAAAUUUUAAAUUCUCCAGUUGGAAACUGCAGUGGAUUAGGAUACAGAGAUAAAAUCAUGGUAACAUUAGUGCUGGAUUUCUUUAAGCCUCUGCUACCUAAAUUCCCCUCAUAUCUUGCUUCUUGGACAAAGGCAAUUAGAGGGGGUCUUAUCCCAGUAUGGUGGGAUUUUAAACAUAUCUGUGUUUCCCACAGAAACAUGAGAACUGUGGGAACUUGGGAAAUUAUUGCUUUUUUUAACACAGUUCUUUUGUUGAUGAGUUAUUUUGAUAACUAAUACUAGGAAAUUCCUAGUAUUAGUUAUCAAAAGAACUCAUCAAAUUCCUAGUAUUAAUACUAGGAAAUUUUCCUAGUAUUAAUACUAGGAAAAGGGAGAUUUGAGAAUACCUUGAAGUUGGAAUACAACUUCAAAAUAUUCUUGGGUUUGGGAGAAUUGAAGCAGUCUAUGCAACCCUUUACGGGGUGAGAAAUAAGCCCUCUGCAAUCCCAUUAGGCCUUCAUUGACUUUGAUACCUCCCCAAAUUUCUUGUCUUGCUGCUUGUUAACACCUAGCUUUUAACGGAAUAUUUGCUCCUGAUGGGUUAAACGUUCAUGUGGUAUCACUCUGUCAAGUUUUAUUUUAUCUUAUCCCUCUGGAUGUGAGUUUGAAACAAACAUGGUACUGUAAUCUUACUGAUAGAAUGGUUUAGAAUGAGAAUUAUUUUUUAGUGGGAGACCCUUCCAUUUUAAUGUUUCUAAAGAUUUUAAUAUGAACUUGGCAUUGGAAAAGGGAGGAAAAGAAAAAGAAUGUUUACUAUAAAGCAGUGUCUACUCUUUCCCUUUGAGUGUGUAUUCAUGGUUGAAUGAAAAGAGAAAGACUCUUGGGUUUUCUGUUGUCGUGUUAAGUGUGGAGAGGGAUGCUUGACAGCAUGCUAAUUGAAGCCAGAGCAAGUGUGUAUCCAUCAGAUUAUCAGGAAGUGUUCACAGGAAAGCUGAGGAUCUGAUUAGUGGUUGAUCACAAGGUGGAGGUGCUGGCUGGGUUAAGCACCCAAAGAAAAGAAUGCAGCAGCUUAACUUGAUGUUAACCUAGGUUUCUGGAUUUGAAACUGACCUUUUCCCCACCUUACUCCACACACCUAAAAUUGUCCGUUUCUUAUCAGACCAAAGAGCAAAAGAAGGAAGAGAAAAAAAGCAAAACACUUUACCAGUCUGUCACUCAGGUGCAAUUUUGUGGUGAUAUUUUUGUCUGUUUUCUUUGUAUUGCUCUUGAGUCUUUUCUCAGCACAGUACUCUGCUGUGGCCUCUGUCCUCCUUGGGGCAUCUCAGUUCUGAAUGCUACCCCUGGUAUAUCUACUGCUGUUAUGUGAAUGGUAGGAUGUAAGUGACCAUUACAGUAAGGGCUCUUUGUAAAAAAUUUAAAAAUUUUUUUAAAUUAAAAAAAGAAUGUUGUAUACAUUUUAUAGUCUGGCUAUCAGUUUGAUAUAUUGCUGUCAAGUAUGUUUCUCAAUCUGUAUUUAUCCACCCAUCAAUAAAUGUUCAUUACAAAACUUA